CCUGAGAACAGUAGCAUCGGCUUCUCUACGAUAUCCAAUAAUUAGAGUCUUGACCUUAAAAAGGCCUCUACAUGCUCGUCAACGGCUUGAUCUGCGUCCUUCGGAUCGGAAGCGAGAUUACAUAUCACCUGAUCUUCUGCGGCAAGGGCAGAUUCAGCCACAUUCCUGGCACGAGACAGGGCGGACUUGAAACCUUUACGGCUUGCCUUUAAAGCGAUCAUUACUUCCCUAUCUGACAUGGUCCCAGAUGAGAAUGGACUCAACACCACGAUGGACAACGGAUGAACCAGAGCACGAAUCACUUUUGCACACGCCGUUUUAACCACGGGGUCUCAGAACAGGGAUGAGCCGUCGACAAUACUUGAAACAGACGUAUUUGCCAACUGCGCCAUCGCAUGAUCGUGGACGAAAAUGGUCGGAAACAAAUCGAGAAGGAUGACGUGUAUUGUUCAGAUUCCACCUUUUUAUUGUCCAUUCCGCUGACUCCUCAUCAGCGUGAGCACCCCGCCAGAGAGCCACAUCGUCAACAUGAAUUUUGCCACAAGUUGUUUUCUUUUAUCGAACUUCCGCUGUCAACGGAGACAAAAAGUGGCAAUAUGAUGAGGCCACGUUAUAUUGUAAGUAGGAGACGACUAAAGAAAAUAAUUCUCCUUCAUGGUAGACUUUUGUUCAUGACGGUUGCUCAGAUUUUUAAAGGUCUCAAACUGAUUGCAUCCAUUGUUCAUUUGCACCUAAUUUCAGGGAGGAAUUGAUAUCAAAGAAUACUUGAGGUCCAUUGGGGCGUUCUUACUCAUUUCGGUAGAACUGAUUGGUGGUCACCCUGAGUUGAAAUGUGACAGUGUUGGGAAACGAAUGAAGCGCCAAAUUUUGAAUUGGAUCUUUGGCAUAGGAUCAUAGUUUAAAAAUUUUGCACUCAAAUAGGCAGAUCUAUAACAAAAUUUAAUGGUUUUUUGUUUGACUACAUCCUUUUUCUUUGCCAAAGCCCAAUAUAAUCCGGUCUUCCACGAACAUUUGAGAAAUUUGACCUAGCUUCUUUGACUCGUUUUCGAAAGAAAACAUGACAUUCAACCUGACAAUUUUGUUAUUUGGACCCAAAUUAUGCCUAUUUAUAAGAGAUUGAUUUUCAACACAGCUUUCUACGAAUUUUAAAAACUUAUUAAAGUUUUGCACCUUUGAAUUAUGUUUUGUUUCUUCACCACACAGGAUAUGGCUAAAUCAACCAAAAUCAAACCGUAUGCGUUUCAGUCUCUUGAAAACAUUCUAAAAUGUGAUUUCAGUCAGUGACUAAGUUUGUUGACAUUAAGCAAGUCCUAGAAAGGAAACAACCCUGAUUUUCUGACAGAUCUUUUCAUACUUUUUUUGUUUAUUACUUCCACAUGCGCAUUGAAAAGAAAAUGUCAAUCCAUGCCACACUUGGAUGUAAUUCAUCUGUGCUAUAUAAAAACCCUUUGAAAUGUCUAGCAUAUCAGUUUUGAUCCUGGAUCAGAUCAACAUGAAAGCAGACGUCCUCUUUUCAUGGCUCUUCUUUUGGUUCCACGACGUUAUGGCUCAAAAGGGUCUCCAAUGCUUCGUACCAGGUGAAUGCUUGGACUCCCAAAUUUUGGGGGCUAUGCCCACCAAUAGUUCGCGAGAAUGUUGGCGUCAUUGCCAAUCCGUGACGGGCUGCACUUGGUUCACGUUCUACAAGGAUUCCCAGGUCUGUACCCCUUUGUCUGGAUGCUUGAGGCUGUCCAAUGAGAAGUGCCAAGACAAUUGCAUUAGUGGGGAGGAAGAAUGCCCCGAGGUUCAAUGCGGAGUCCAUGGUAGAUGUUAUGGCGCAUUGGAAGGCAUCAGGAAAGUGGCUAACGCCAAAGAAUGUGCCUCCAUGUGCGGACACCGCGAUGAGUGUUUUUGGAAUACAUACGAUCCGGAGCAUGAAUCCUGCAUGAUGACCAACGACUGUCCUCUUUUGGAUCGAUCUUGUUCCAAUUGUUCUAGUUCGGAACGAGAUUGUACCGCGGAGAUGGAUGCCAACAUAGAUACUUCAAUUGAGGAUGACCCAAAAGAAAUGUCUAGUUUGUUAAUGGGGACAAGUACCCACCUACGUCAACAUUACUUCAACUUAAAUUCCAAAACGGCUGGGGAAUGUAAAUUCCCAACAUUUGCACCGGUAAAGGAGCCAGUUGUGCAGUACACAAUGGUUGACAAUGUGUUGCAUGGUUGUGGCGAUGGCAAUGUCAAUGGUUCCAUUGCAGUUGUUUGCUUCAAGUAUAACGCAGAUAAGAUGGAUUGGAUCCGCAUGGAUUUCUUAGAGAGAAAAGGAGGCUCUUUGCUUUAUCUCUUGCCUAUUCACAAUCGAGGAAUCUUGAUUUUGAUUAAGUCCAAUAUCCUUUACUUGUACAAUGGAAAGAAAGUUGAGCAGGUAUCGAAAGGAUUUCCUUUCUCAACCCGUUGGUUCCAAAUCCCGUUCUGUCGCACCGUGAUCUCCAGCGAUGAAAUCCUGGUCGGGUUCUCCCUUCUUGCCAUAAAUCGCAAAGGGGAAGAGUAUCCUAACCUCCGCUCAAUCAACAUCAAAACUGGGGCCGUCGACAAAAUCAAGUUACCCAAUCUUGAGUUAAUGACUUCCAUUUGUGGGGCUUUUGGACCAAAGGGCAAUCGCAAGGUGGCCAUAUUUGGUGGCAAAUAUUUCAAAAAUGGCAAACUUGGGCGGGACUUCGACCGUACCCUCAUAUUGGAUUGGAAUUCGAAGACAAUUUUAGCUGAUGGCCCAAGUCUAAAGGAUGCAUCCCCCAACAGGUGGGGGCAAACCAUUGCUCACAGAGAUACUUUUCUUUACUACAAAAGUGUCAACCACGAAACCAGAAUUUAUAAGUUUGAUAUCAAUGGAACCGAGACUCCGAUACCAUAUCUUGGAAAGAUUCCAGCUACUUGCUACAAUUUGGCAAAUAUUCCUGAGGAUGUGGCCGGCUGUAAGUGAACAUUGAAGGUGACCAUUGUGCUCUAGUACAUAAAAUGACAAAUCAUUGUUCACUUGAAUCUCUCCAAAUAAAUAAGCAUUAUAGGAUCAUUCUUUUACGAAGCUUUUCA